AAGCGAAAACGUCUUUACAUUCUUGAGUUUACGCUUAGCGGUCACGUUCACCAAUUGCUGGAGCCGACUAUUGGUCACUGUACUACAGACAACUCAGGAAUGGUGGCAGUCGUCGGUCUGUAACUCGUCGUUUCUUUGCCACUGUGGUUGGUUUGUGUUUGUGUAGCGAUGCCGGGGAUGUGCUCUGUGCCGGGCUGUAAGGGCUACAAGAAGGCGAGGUCCCGGGGAGUCGUGUUCCACUCCCUGCCUACAAGAGACCCAGAGCGAUGCAGAAAGUGGUUAAAGGCCGUACAGAACCCCAAAUUUGAUGAAAACACACCAGUAAGUAAAUACGGCAAUAUAAGAGUCUGCAGCCAGCAUUUUAAACCGGAAGAUUACGAACCGGACAUACAGGCAGAACUUAUGAAAACAACGCCCCGAAAAAUCCUCAAGUCCAACGUAAUUCCAUCUGUUUUCUCUGGAAGACAGCUGGAGCACCUCCGCACACCUCUGCCAGCAGAUGACAGGAGCCGAACAGAGGUGAAUGCUUCCAGUACAGCGGCUCAAGUCUCUACCUCUGUGGUUUCAGGUCCCACUGUGGACAGUGUUUUGCAAUGGGCUUCUGUGUUGACUUCAGGUCCGAGUACGUCUUCUCAGGCUUCUUCCUUGGGUGUCGAAGGUACUGGUGUGGAUACUGGAUUACCCUCUCUUUCCCUGCCAAUUCCUAUUGCCUCUGGAGCCCCAAGCGCCUCAUCCCAGUCCCCUCCACUAGCAGAACUCAGUGAAGGUUUGUGCAGUGUGGCAUUUGUGGAUCGUCUGAAAGGGAGCUUGCACCAAGAGACUGAAUUAAGAUCCACAGCAACGUCAAAAUCAGAUGGGAACACAGAAAAGGGCUUGUGUCAGUCAAAGACUAUUGUGAAUGACAGCUGCUUGAUGGAGCUGUUUAAGAAGUGUCAGACAUGUGGACAGCCCAUAACCAAAAAGAAGGUGUCUCACUCUGGUGCACAGAAGAAGGUGAGGUGGAGCUGCCUUGGUGGACACAAGGGCACAUGGAUGUCAUCACCGCAUCUUUGGGAGACGUUUCCUGAAAUCCACCUGCUUACGGCUCUUUCUGUGCUUUUUUCUGGAGGCAGUUUUACGCACUUCAAAAAAUGGGCCGAACAUCUGCACCUGAAUUUCAUAGGGCAUAAAACCUUCUCUGAAAUUCAAAAGGCAUACCUCAACCCAGAAAUGAAACCGAUGAACAGGACUGAGCAGGAAGGGAUCUUUGCAAAGGGGGUCCAUCGAUGGCCUGAAGGCACCCUUCUUCACAUUUCAGAUCCUCUGCAGAAAAUUAAGGCCAAGUCGAAGAGAAGAGAGAAGGCAGUUCUAACGCCCAGGUCAAGUUAUGAAAAGAGAGCCUCGAUACUGAUGAUCUCUACUGGAAUGCGUAUGCAAGAGCCUAUUGCAUCAAGUCUUGAACGUGGAUCAGCCUCUAAAAGAGGUAAACAGCGUCAGCAAGAUGAUGUUGAAAAUUGGAGUGAAACUACACACGUGGCAUCAGAGGUGGACAGUUUUGAGGAGAUGGAAGUCACCAUUGAAGAAGAUGAACGCACCAGUUUGAAGAGCAGACAAUCUGACUUGGAUAGUGAAAUGGAAAACGCCUUAGAAACAACUGAGCUGAGCACUCCAGGAGCUGAUGACAGCUGUGAUGAGGACGUUUACGUACCAUUAAUUCCUCAGAGGUCCACAGCGUCUGAACUGUUGCUGGAAUGUGAAGAAGAGGAGCUGGAGCCAUCGCAGAAACAAACUCCACAUGUUGACUUGAAAGAUGAGGAUGAUGGUGGAGAGUUGAGUAAUGACCAAACGGAUUGUAAGCCGGAGACUUCAGCUCUUCAGAGAAACGCAGGGAGUACUUCACCACCUAGACUGAAAACACAAAGUCCACAGCCUGUUCUCUUCAACAGCCAAGGCUUCAUUGUGGUUUCUCCCCACUUAACAAGAAAUACUGAGUUCCAUGGCUCUCUCAGGACACAGGCCUGUGCCGGGAAUUCAUUUCCAAUAAUAACAGCUACUCAGCAUCAACUUUUCCAGAAAGUAGCUACAGCGACAGUAAAACCUGAGGCCUGCGUUGUCCUCACUUCUGAGCUGCAUCAAAUCAGCAACAACCCCGUGUCCUUAUCCGCUCUCCAGUGUCCUGCAGUAUAUGCAAUGUUAUCUAACCAACUGGAGUCAGACUAGUCCAAUUCACAGACUCUUUCUGUACCUUUUUCUCUGCCUGGCUUUACCAUACUUGAACUCAAAUCAGCUGGCACAUCAAACAAACAAUAAAUAAUAAACAUUACUGCACCAAGAGAGCACAAUGUAACUGUCACACACAUUCCACUUCAAGGUAAAGAUAUGUUUUUUAUUCUAAUAUUAUGUUCUGUAAAAUAAAUUCUUAAAGCAAAAA